GAGAUCAGCGAAAUCUCGAAGCAGAAGUCCGUAUUCAUCAAGGCAUUCAAGGUCUCGUAGCAGACACAGAUUGUCUAGAUCCAGAAGUCGUCAUUCAAGUAUUUCUCCUAGUACAUUGACUCUGAAGAGUAGCCUGGCUGCUGAGCUGAACAAAAACAAAAAAGCAAGAGCUGCUGAGGCAGCUAAAGCCAGUGCAAAAGCUUCCAACACUUCAACACCCACGAAGGGAAACACCGACACUGCUGUAAGUGCACCUCAAGUGAACAAUGUAAAGGACCUGAAGAAGAUAAAAACUGAGCAUACACCUUCUCCUACCAGCAGUGCAAAUUUGAAAAACGACAAGGCAAAAGCCAAGGUCUCACUUCCUGAAACAAAAGGGGAAAAUAAUUUAAUUGCAGACAAAGUUGCUAAGCAGAAGCCUGCAGCUGUAAAAGAGAGUAAAGUAGCAGUUGUAAAACAGCCACCAGUCACUGUAAAGGAAAAAAGCAAAGUGAGUACACCAAGUGUAGUAACCAAGGAGAAGGAUCGAAUUGUUGCACUACCGACCUCCACACUGCCACCCUUGCCUUUGCCUCCCACGCUGCCUGAAGACAAAGAAACUGAUAGUUUGCGAGAGAAUGUGUCAGUGAAGACAGUUAAAGAAACGGAGAAGAAGCUUCGCCAUCUGCUUGCAGACUUGCCACUUCCACCUGAGUUGCCUGCAGGAGCUGAGGUACCCAAAAGUCCUGAAGAAAAGAAACCAGCAGUUCAGCUACACAGCAAGAGAAGACCAAAAAUAUGUGGACCACGACAUGGUGAAACAAAAGAAAAAGAAAUAGACUGGGGAAAGCGCUGUGUGGAUAAAUUUGAUAUCAUUGGUAUUAUUGGUGAAGGCACUUAUGGGCAAGUUUACAAAGCCAGAGAUAAAGACACAGGGGAAAUGGUAGCAUUAAAGAAAGUACGUUUGGAUAAUGAAAAGGAAGGGUUUCCAAUUACAGCUAUUCGGGAGAUUAAGAUUCUUCGACAGCUUAAUCACCAAAGCAUUAUCAACAUGAAGGAAAUAGUGACAGAUAAGGAAGAUGCUUUGGACUUCAAGAAGGACAAAGGUGCAUUUUACCUGGUAUUUGAAUAUAUGGACCAUGACUUGAUGGGACUGCUGGAAUCUGGCUUGGUUCAUUUUAAUGAGAGUCAUAUUAAAUCUUUCAUGAGACAGCUGAUGGAAGGCUUGGCCUAUUGCCAUAAGAAGAACUUUUUGCACAGAGAUAUCAAAUGUUCAAAUAUUCUACUAAAUAAUAGAGGGCAGAUAAAGCUCGCAGAUUUUGGGCUUGCUCGACUGUACAACUCUGAGGAAAGCCGACCAUAUACCAACAAAGUUAUUACCUUAUGGUAUCGGCCGCCGGAACUUCUGCUUGGAGAAGAGAGAUACACACCAGCUAUCGAUGUCUGGAGCUGUGGCUGCAUCCUGGGUGAACUUUUUACAAAAAAGCCAAUAUUUCAAGCAAAUCAAGAACUUGCUCAACUGGAACUCAUAAGCCGAAUUUGUGGGAGUCCUUGUCCAGCAGUGUGGCCUGAUGUUAUAAAAUUAGCUUAUUUCAACACAAUGAAACCAAAGAAGCAGUACCGUCGAAAACUGAGAGAAGAGUUUGCUUUCAUCCCACCAGCUGCAUUAGAUCUGUUUGAUUACAUGCUUGCUCUGGAUCCCAGCAAGCGCUGCACAGCUGAACAAGCUCUUCAGUGUGAGUUUCUGCGAGACGUGGAGCCAUCUAAAAUGCCUCCUCCGGACCUUCCUUUGUGGCAGGAUUGUCAUGAGCUGUGGAGUAAGAAACGCAGAAGACAGAAGCAGAUGGGCAUGACUGAUGACUCGACAGCAGCUAAAGUCCCUAGGAAGGAUCUGUCUCUAGGCAUGGAUGAGAGCAGAACCAACACCCCACAAGGCAUGCAAACUUCUUCCCAACUCAAAACUCAGGGCAGCUCUAGUGUAGCACUUGCAAAAACAAGCACUGGACAGCAGUUAAACCAGAAUGAAGUGGCAAUCCUGCUAAACCUGCUACAGUCUAAAACAAGUGUUAGUUUGGCACAGUUUGCCCAAGUAUUGAAUAUUAAGGUAAACCCAGAGACUCAGCAGCAACUAAAUAAAAUAAAUCUUCCUGCUGGAAUUUUGUCAGCAGGUGAAAAACAGUCAGAACAGCAGCAGCAGCCGCCGCCACCACCACCACCACCACCACCGCCAGGCCAGGACCCUCUCAAACAGCCGAUGGUCGCGCAGCCUCCUGGGCCUCCGCAGCUGAGUCAGCCUAAGGCUGAGACUGACGCUGCCCAGGCAGCUGUGCAGAGUGCAUUUGCUGUUCUGUUGUCUCAGUUAAUAAAAGCUCAGCAAACAAAGCAAAAAGAUUUUGUGUUGGAGGAGAAGGAAAACGGAUCAGGAAAUGAAAUGUCAUUACAACUCAGGCAGCCUCCAGAGCCCAGCACGCCUGCAUCUGUCAGCCGGGACGACGUGGAGUCUCCAGCACCUGGCUACCCACAUCUGAUCAAAUCCUUGUAUACAUCUGCAGGUCAAGAGGAUUUGGUUAGGCAGUCUGAGAUGAGACUCCUAAACCGCACGCCCGAACAGGAACGCCCCCGGAUCUUACCUCCGGACCAGCGUCCCCCUGAGCCCCCGGAGCCUCCACCCCUCACUGAUGAAGACCUUGAUUAUCGGACAGAGAAUCAGCAUUUGCCUAUAAGUAACUCUUCAGGAACAGAUCCCCAUGCAGGAGUGAAAGCAGCUCUUCUGCAGCUGCUCGCUCAGCAUCAAGCUCAGGCGACGACGGAAGAGCCAGUACAAACGAGUGUGGAUUAUCAGGCUAGAGACUCCUACGUAACAGGCCCAGACUACAAGGAUAACUUUGGAUCGUCGUCCUUCUCCUCUGCCCGUUACAGCAGUAGUGAUGGAAUAGGAAGCGGAUCAUCAGGAGUAUUAGAGAGGAGGAGUUUCCUAGGAAACUCAGAUAUUCAGUCUUUGGAUAACUACAGUACUGCUUCAUCUCACUCUGGUGCUGCCCCUCCUCCAUCAGCCUUUUCCGAAUCCUUUCCCAGCUCAGUAACUGGGUAUGGAGACAUUUACCUCAACACUGGCCCCAUGCUGUUUAGUGGAGAUAAAGACCAUAGGUUUGAGUACAGCCACGGUCCAAUCUCUGUUUUGGGGAGCAGCGGUGACACUUCCGCAGGGCCAGAGAGUACACACUCUUUGCCGACAAAGAUGCACAACUAUAGCUUUGGAAGUAAUUUACAGGAAAAUCCCAGUGGCAUCAGCCACAUGCAUGGACAGACUUGGACUUCUCCUGCCCAAGGACCUGGCUAUUCCCAAGGAUACAGGGGACACAUUAGCACAUCUGCAGUGAGAGGGCGAGGCAGAGGAUUACCGUAUUGA